GUCAAAAACGUCAACAGAGAAAACAUUUUGGAGAUUACAAACGAGAGUCAGCCAAAAAAUAUCCUUCUGUACAUUACAUCAACAUCCAACUAUCUUUGAGAAGUCAAACAACAACGGAUCGGAAAUCGACGAAACACAACCGCAUCAAGUCAAAAUCAAAGUUCAAUUUUUCGAAUUGGCAAAUCGAAGGGCUCGGAGGUGAAAGGGAAAUCACUCCACAUCGAGACAGAAUGCACCACGUACGGAAAAAGAAUCACCGGAAAAUGCUAAAACCAAAAUUCAGUUCGUCAUCGUCGGACGAUGAUGAUGACAUCGACGACGCUACACCAAUAAAAUGGAAACCAAUCGUUCCAUCACAUCCGGACGAAUCGAACCGGUGGAAGCGAAACUAUUCGGAUGUAAGAAAUCCAACGAUUGGCAGUCUGAAUGCGACCAAGCAACAGAAAUUGUCGGCUGAAGUUAUCCAAAAGGAGGAAAUGUACAAACAGGCCGAAACGGAGGCGAACCGGAUAAUGUUUGGUUGCACGAAUCCGGGCCGGUGUUUGUCAAAAGAUGAGCUUAAGCGACGCAAUGACAUUAUACUGGAUCUAGUGAACGAAAGAUUGAAGUCAAAGCUGUCGGAAUUGAUGGGAGAAUUUGGUAACCGACUUGAAAUGAACGAUUCGUAUGACUUUGAUACGUCAUCCAAGGACGACACGGACAGAUUCAGAAAUCAAAGUCCGGACGACGAUGAUGAUGAUUUUAUUCCGGAAGCGCCUCCACCACCUACGUUCAACACUUCUUCCGAGUCGUCAGACGAAGAUCUGGACCAUUCGAUGACGAAGGAAUUCGAAUUGUACGAAAAGGAAAUCAAGGAAAAAAUAUCAUCCGCUGUUCCGACUUUGUCAAACAAUGUGACUACUUCAAUUGGAAGCGCUUCUGUGGCCUCGUCGAUACUUGGUUUAUCCACUUCAUACAAUUCGACUCAAAUUACCCCAUCAACCUCACAAAUGAACAUUCCACAACAAACGUCGACAAAUUAUCAACAAUGCUGGCAAGUCAAGCCACCAAGUCAACAGUGGCCAACAAUUGUUACACCAACUGACGUAUGGAUUCCACCAGUCGGACCCCCACAGGUAAUGGAACCAUUUUUGGAUCCAUUGCCAAUGGAGUCGGAGGAAAUAGCAUUCGUGAAGCCGCCUCCACUUUUCCCCACAUUCCCAAACACAAAUCCACCAGCGCCAGUAUGGACAAAUCCUCCACCAAACGCAUUUACCCAAUCGCACUAUGGUUCAUCAGUGCCCCGAUUCCCAAACACACACACUACACCAUUUACACCAUCCAUUCCGCCACCAAGAUUGCCCUAUAUACCACGUCAAUCGGCCCCACAAUCGAGAUGGGAUCCAGUAGGAAAUCAGAGGCCUGCCGGCUUUUUCAAUCGACCGUCAACAGCACCUUGCACUGUAACGACAAUGCGACCGAACCAAUCCGUUAAUUUGGUACAAAAUCAAGUGAACACUCGACCUAACUUGCCAAUUGUUUCGAAAUCGACAUUUGUAAAUGCUAUUUUAGCUGCCGAACAAAAAGUAACCGCCUCGACUGGAAAUGUAAUGAAAGUCAAUGAGACAACCACUAAAUCAGUCGAUGGCAGACAAUUAAACCAAAACGCAAACAACGAAUCGCGAAAGCGUUCGUACGACCCAAAGGUUGAUGAGGACUGGGUCAGUAAUUCCAACGAUAGAGCCUCAAAUGAGUUCAAUAAACGUAACCGAAUCGACGAGUCGGAAAAGACGUUCGAUAGUAGGACGAAGAACACUCAAAAAUUGUACGAUAAAAGAAGUCCGAUGAGCGAUCAAUCCAAUAACGAACCACCGAUAGAGUGGAGGAAAUUGUGUGAUAUUGUCGAUAAGCUGCUCGAUCUAUCGACAAAUAUUUUGAAAGAUUUACAGCCAAAUGAUCGCCGUGUCAAGGAAAGAAAUGAAAUUCUCCUCAUCCUGUCGGACGAUCCAGCUAACUUUUUCGCUCAUGUUGAUAAAUACGGAGAACAAAAUGUAAAGUGGGCAACGAAUCUGGCCAAGCGUAUUUUAUAUCCUGACGGUCGUUAUGAUAAAAAAAUUGUCUCGUCAUUAGCGCCAUUUCGGAAAGCCAUUCGAUCCGGCAUUGACCCAUCUGAGGUGGCGAUAAGUAAAGUAUCCAUUCCGACAAGGCAAGAGCCACUACCAAAAGAGUGGAAGAAGUUGUGUACUAUUGUCGAUAAACUGCUUGACAUACCUACGCAUGUGAUUGAAACACUUCCAUCUUCCGACAGUCGAGUCAGAGAACGAAACGACAUACUUAUGAUGCUGUCAAACGAUCCCGAAGACUUUUUACUGCACGAUGAAAAAUAUGGAGCCCGUAAUGUUGACGGUGCGAUUCUAGCAGCCAAACGAAUUCUUUAUCCGGAUGGAAUGCUAGACGAACGAGUGAGAAAACUCAUGUUACGUCAACGGGAAAUAUUAACGAAAGGUUUUUCAUCGGUAAGAACAGCUGGCCGGCGAUCGAUCAGCCGGGAAAGCGAAUCGUCGCUGAAACGAUCCAACUAUAAAAAUAGCAUGAUUGCCGGCGAGGAACAGUCUCGAUCGAUGCCGAACGAAUGGAUUCAAUUGUGUGACAUUGUGGACAACGUACUCAAUACGCCGAGGGAAGUGCGCGUCAAAAUGUCGAAACGAGACCCUCGAUGGGAGCAACGUGAAAGUUUAUUGCUUCUGCUGUCGGAUAAUCCGGAUAAAUUGGAGGCACAAUCCAAUGAACUGGGACACGCCAAUGUCGAGUGGGCAAUAAGGUCGUCGAAAAAAGUUUUGUUUCCAAACGGACCGAAGGACAGAAAAAUAUUCAAGAAACUAUCUCCUCAGAGGAAGAUUUUGUUGCGAAAUCGGCAAAGUAACAGUAAAAUCAACGAUGCGAGGAAGACUGUCGACACAGUCAAUGAAACGACAGAAUCGGCUAAGACUCAGCCUGAAAAACCGUUAAGCCAAAGGAAUGAUAUUAACGGUGAUAAGCGGAAGGUUGCGGCUGAACAGUCACCGUCAAAGAAAUCAACACAAGAUGAAGUAAGGACAAAGAACAAAGCCCAUCAACAGAGCGGAGAAGGAAAGGAUAUGAAAGUCAAGAAGAAUGUCAAAGAACUUCAACAGAGCACCUCAAACGAUUCUGAAAAAGCUACACCUAGUCCAGCUGCUGAUGAAGUCAUCGACGAAAAGGAGGUCUGGUUAAAAUUGUGUGCCAUAGUUGACAAACUACUCGACCUACCUCCGAACGCGGCCGAAAAAUUGGAGCCGUUAGACAAGCGUUUGAUCGAACGCAAUGAUAUCCUGAUGGUUCUAUCCGAUAAUCCAGAAAACUUUUCCAAAUUUGAAGCCGACUAUGGCACAAAUGUGUGCUGGGCUGUUAAGGCAGCGAAAAAAUUAAUUUUCUCGAAUGGCAAGCCGAACGAAAAAUUCACCGACGCUUUGUGGAACGGUAGGGAUGCAAUUAUGUGUUCAGAAGAAGAACAGCCCCGGGAAGAUGCGAAAGAUGCGCCACCCGGAGAAUGUAAGGAAUGGAUAUGCGUACGUAAAAUAGCCACCAAGGUAUUCCUGCUCUCGUGUCAGAGCGCCAAAAACGAGAAGAAAUUGAGCAAGGAACAAUUGCACCAACAGAUUGAAUUGCUUCUUCAGUUAUCCGACGAUCCGGAUAUCGUGCGAUCGAAACCAAUUUGUAAAAAAAUUGGCGAAGGACGUGUGGAAGCAGCCAUUGUACGAUGUAAACAUCUUCUGAAUCGGAUGCGUAGAUUGGACCAGAAGGCGUUGAUAAAUUUCGAAAAUCUUCGCUCCAAAAUGGUUCUGUAUUCAGAGUCAUUGAAUCAGUCGAAGAGCAUCAAGAACUACGACGUCAUAUUGACACAGGUACGAAAAAUUGUGGAUCAGAAAUUGUUCAACGAAAUUUACGGGCAAACUUUCAACAAAUGGACCAGCGAACAAAAAUUAGAACGAAACGAAUUAGCGAUUCUGCUGAUAAAAGAUCCGCACUUGAUUGAGUCGAAUGUUAAGUACAUGGACAUGGUACGUAAAACGGGUAAAACGACAUCGGCUGAGAUUGUGGCAGAAGUCGAGAAGUGUCUACAGAAAUGCGAUUAUGUAAAAGAAGCACCAGCAGUGAAAUGUGCAUGUCCACCGAUCAUUGCCGAAAUCAAGGACGACAAGCUCAUGAGUCCAUUCAAAGAAAAGAAACUCACUCAACGUAUCCAUCGCCUAAUUGAACAGUUUCUCGUUGAGCCGAAACCCGAAGUGUACGACGUUCGUCCCAGUUGCGAUGGCACUCUGUACGUCGUUUGUGCCAAUGCGAUGACAUUCGACUUUUUGAAAAAGUCAAUCAACGAAUUGGAUGGCCUGUGGAAUAGCGCCAAAUUGAGCAUAUCGAAAGCUCCGAUAACCAACAAAGUGUUGGACAUUGAUGAUUUGAAGGAGAUAAAAAUGAUGUUAAAAACUGGACGCGCUGAACCGUUUGCCGUCGUGAUGAAGCAACUGAAAAAGGCCAAUGCGAAGUUAAAGACCGGCAAAUGGCAAUUGGUUCCGGCCAGCUUCUCGGAUCCGAAGAAAAUGAACGUGAUGGUCGACCUGGAAUCGCUCGUCGAAUUGGAACGAUCGAAGCGGGAAGUGAUUGUGGACUGUGGCACCAUUUACUUUGACAUUAAGUAUUUUGGAAAGGAAAAUUUUUAAAAAAACGAAAAAAAAUGUUAAGUUUUGUUGUUGAAGUUUCUUAUUUUAACGUAUCACAUACCCAUUUUGAAUCUCUGUUCGUCUCUGUUGGUCAUUCAACAUUUUUUUUGCUGAAUAAAAAUCUUUUCUGAAUAUUUUUAUAAAAAAUAAAUUGAAAUUUUG